UAUGAAAUGCAAAUCCCCUGCUUGUAAAUUUGAUUUAGCCUCCAGACUCUGGCUUAAAUACAACGAUGAUUUGGCAGUACAUAAUUCCACUAAUUAUUUUCAUGGCGGCUUUAGACAACGUAACUUUGCAGGCAAAUGAUACUACUUAUGCAUCUCUCUCUUUGGAAGAGAUGGUGAGUGGAUUUCGUUUCCAACAAUUGCAGCUGUCAACAACAAUGAUGAACGCUAGUAUUCACGCGAGACUUCCCGAAAAGUUGGCUUCUGCAGAGGCACAAGAGGCGGAUCAAAGGGAAGCAAAAGCAUUCAGAGCCUUUCAUGAAGCCCAGACUCCAUUUAUCGCCACAACAUCGCUCUACAACUUAGGGUACAUAGGUCGUGGUUAUGAUUUAUUCAAGGGGAACCCCCUCAGUGACGACGGGGUGGUGGAUCAAGGAUUUCGCCUCCCGAUCAUGGAAUUACCCUACACCCACAAGUUUACUGCCGACGGAGAAUAUCGGAUUCCAGAUAAUGUUGAUGUCAUUGCAGAAUCAAGCGCCAAGUUUGGAUCCUCUUUCUAUUCAGUGCAGUCGGAGUCGGACUAUAAAAGAAUGUUGAGUGUGGACGCCUCGGUAAAUGCUGCAAGGGGUGGAUGGGGCGUUAGUGCCAGUUUCAGUGCCAGUGCAUCUUAUCAAAAAAAUACGCGGGAAAUUCAUAAAGGGGAGACAACAACUUUAAACAUUGUCAGCCGAGCUGUGGCAUACAGAGCUCGUAUGUCCGAGACCGCCAAAAUGUCAAAGGUAAAUGAAUACGUUGAGAAAGCUGUGAUGUUGCUGCCUAUGGAGAAUUGUGAGGACGAAUCAUUGCAAGAAAUGUACCUCAAUUUUAUACGCGAGUUUGGGACCCACUACACAACCCAGGUAGUCAUGGGGGCAAAAGCAGUUCAACAGCUUACCUUUGACAAAUCUGACCUUUCAAGACUGGAAUCGGAAGGUAUUAGUGCUAAGGUAGCUGCACAAGCCUCCUUCAGCGGAUUAGGUGCCUCGGGCGGUGGAGGGUUCAGUGUGGGGGUUGGCUCCAAAGAGGAGUCAAAAGAGCGUGUGCAAAAUACCAACAAAGAACAAUAUGAAUAUUACAUCGGCGGGAAUCCACCAUCCGGGGAUUUUUCAUUAGGAAGUACCGAGAGUUUACGAGAAUGGGCGAGAUCUGCAGAUGAGAAACCGGUACCGAUUCAGUACAGACUGACCUCCAUUGAGACGCUCUUGAAGCCUGGAUACUUUAAAGAUAUUACUUAUGGUUUGUUUGAAAGACGUCAAUGUUUACGUCGGGCCCUGUAUACUUACUGUAAGUCGACGGCAUCUCCUUCCCUGUGUAAUCCGCCAGACGGCGCUUCUACGACUCUUACUUCACGACGCAAACGACAGGCCGAGGAUGUCAAAAGGUUCAAUGAUGGUAUAAAGUUCGGUGAUUUUGUCACUCUUCGGAACAGAAAUUCUACGAAAUAUUUGGCGUUGUCCACCUCCACGGGAUACUUAUAUGGGACAGUCACGAAACCACUCGUGCAAGUCGACAGUAUCACGAAUUAUGACGGACUCUUUCAAAUCAAGUCUGGAGAUGACGAUUCCACAACACUAGGAACUCCAUUGGUGUAUGGUCAGAGUUUUAAACUUGUGUCAGUGGAGGCAGGAAAUCUGUUUACUGGAAGAUUAUUUAUUGAUGAUAUAAGCAGAGCCCCUACAAGUAAACUUGAAACUCUCUUUAAACGACAGGACGGACGGAAAUUUUCAGCUCCAGGGGAUAUCACUGAUUUCUCCAUCUUCCAAAGAUUAGAAAAAGAUCGGUCGUAUGUGAUAAGUUUGCAGAUAAACUGUUCUGGAAGAGACAAUCCUCCACAAUAUCAAGUGAAUCUGGAGGGGACAGCAGGGACUGCUAAGUUUGAAAUGGACAAUCUAUGUAAAGGUGGAUACUAUGGUCGGACUUCCUGGUAUCAUGGAGCCUUUGCCGACAAAGAUAUUGGUCAACUUCAGCGUGUCAGGUUAAUGGGCAGAGGAACUGAACCAAUCAAAGGGAUUCAAAUACUAAUAGGACAGGGUCGUGACAUUCUGAGACACAUUGCAACUGGUUUAAGUUCAAUCGGAUACGAAUAUAGGUUUGAUAUGGGAACAGCAGAAAGGAAACCAGUUGAAAUUGACAUCUACCCUGCACUGUUCUCCUUCCAUAGUAAAACACACCCGGCGGGGAGCGUGGUGAGACGUCGAGACACCGUCUUUAUAGAGGUCGUGUCAGCCGUGGACAGAAAAUCAUUCUGGGGUCAACCAGUGUCCCACUUACUGUCCAACAAAAACGGAAUGGUCACUAUAAAAGAAAAGGGACCAGUGCCGCACAAAGCCAAGAGAGGCUGCAGUGGCAUCAUUUUCCCCGACAAUGGCAUACUUGGCGUCUUUAAUAAUUUUGAAAACCGUUACUUUGUGUCUUUUGGCGUCGAUGUCAUGAUAACCACAAUUUCAAUCAGAACGAAAAGGAGUUAUCUGGCAAACCAGUAUUCAGUGGAAUACAUCGAUAGAAACAGUCCAGACUUUCAGACGUUACAACACAUUACCAGAAGACCUACCUCAGGAAAUGUUAAUAAUAUGGAAAUCACGUUUCCACAAAUGUAUCUCUCCGCAAUCCAAGUGUAUGUGAAAGGCGUAGCUGACUUCGCAGACAACGUAAAUAGCUUGCUGAUAAGGGGGUGUCCUAGUGCUCUUGUAGAGGCCGAACCCCAUAGCACAGACGCAGAGGAAUGGGAUUUAAGACUCAGCGAAAACCAAGUUCAAACGUACCCAUAUUUACGAGUUGUCCCAACACAAUACAACGUGUCCAAUUUUGAUAAAGUUUUCCAAGAACUUGAAAAGCCUUUCUCUUCAACGAAUUACAGAAAAGUGAUAGACUUUGAACCAAACCAGAGGGGAUGUGUGGUGGACCAGAACUACAUCCAAAACUAUCUGAUGAUCACUGACGAAAUUGAAGGGCUGAAGUUCCGGAAUACUCGGGUGAAGUCUUCUGGGAUAUCUGUCACAAUCAUUACUGACGUCAUGGCCAUAAAUAAGAUAAUGUACGAACAGAACAUGCCGGCGGUGGAUAGUUUGCUUCGUAUGGCGGUACAGAGGUACCCCUGUAACUCCAGAGAUGUUAUCUUCUCUUUACAACCGUCGUUGGAGGAGGGAGCGGGCCUGUCGACUACAGUUAUUGCAGUGAUAACUAGUCUAGCUCUUUUGGAUGUAGCGACGAUAGCUAUUUUGAUAAUUGUAUGUGUGAUAAGGCGAAAGCGCGGAACGACAGUAGAUAGACCUGACAGACAACCAACGACGAAAAAGAAUAUCAACAUUGAAGAGGGGGAAAAUCACGAAUACAUGUACCCUAACAGGUCCUUUGAGGACACGAGGCUUCAGCCCCAGGCUCCCCCCGCUAUUCCAUCCCAACAGAGGCGGAUGACAUAAAUUUGACAAUAACCUCUCCCAAACCACAUACACACAGAACAUAAAGCACAGUAUGUUGAUACUUUCACUUCAAUUAUUUUUUAUGUAGCUCACCUGAGCCGAAGGCUUUUAUAAUGUAAACAAGGCUAUUGCUUUGUUUUUGUUUACAUAUCUAAAUUUAUCAUAUUCAUUUUACAACAAA